AAACGCGAGAGUCGAUUGCAUUGAUAAAGUCGCGCCGCACCGCGCCGCCUCGCGUCGAGAGACUCGAGCGUCGAGCCAGUCGAUUACAGUCUGUUACAGUCGAUCCAUCCAACAUGGUGCUGGAAAGUACGAUGAUAUGUGUCGAUAACAGCGAUUACAUGAGAAAUGGGGAUUUCGUGCCUACCCGGCUACAAGCGCAGCAAGAUGCCGUCAACUUGGUGUGCCACUCGAAAACUCGCUCAAAUCCCGAGAACAACGUUGGCCUCAUAACUCUCGCCAACGUUGAAGUAUUGGCGACACUCACGAGCGACGUUGGCAGAAUACUCUCCAAGCUCCAUCAGGUUCAACCAAAUGGAAAAUUGGCUCUCAUCACAGGCAUUAGAAUCGCCCAUUUAGCUUUGAAACAUCGACAAGGCAAAAAUCACAAAAUGCGUAUCGUUGCAUUUAUCGGAAGUCCAAUAGACAUUGAUGAGAAAGAAUUGGUCAAACUAGCCAAGCGUUUGAAAAAGGAGAAAGUGAACGUUGAUGUCAUAAGUUUCGGCGAGGAGAGCAUCAACAAUGAAGUACUGACUGCCUUUGUUAACGCGUUGAACGGCAAGGACGGCACCGGAAGUCAUCUCGUCACCGUUCCACCGGGUCCCCAUUUGUCAGACGCUUUGAUCUCUUCUCCUAUAAUUCAGGGUGAAGACGGUAUGGGUGCAGCAGGCAUGAGCGGCGCUGCGUUCGAGUUCGGCGUCGAUCCGAACGAAGAUCCCGAGCUUGCGUUGGCCUUACGUGUCUCUAUGGAAGAACAACGACAACGCCAGGAGGACGAGGCCCGUCGCGCGCAAGCGAACGAGACUGCCACUAAUAAACAACCGGAAACUAUAAAAGAAGCUCCCAACGAGGAAGCUAUGCUGAAACGUGCCCUCGCCAUGUCUCUUGAAGGAGCCGACGAAUCUACUGCCGCUAGUGAUAACACCGCUCCUUGCAGAGGCAACGUGCCAGACUUCACUAACAUGACGGAAGAGGAACAAAUUGCUUUUGCUAUGCAGAUGUCCAUGCAAGAUCAGCAAGAAUUAGAAUCACAAAAGGAAGAAGCGAUGGAUGUGGAAGAGGAUUACGCAGCUGUCAUGUCCGAUCCUGCUUUUUUGCAAUCGGUCUUGGAGAACUUACCGGGCGUGGAUCCGCAUUCUGAAGCCGUACGCCAGGCCGUCGGAUCGUUACAACAAAAUAAAGACAAAGAGAAAGAGAAGGAGAAAGACAAAGAAAAAAAAUGAAGGGCUCCUUAGUGCAUUCAUAUUUACAUUUACAUGUGGCUAAAUUCGAUUACAUUUUCCAUUAUUGUGUAUGAUAUUGUAGCUAUUUUAUCUUGCUUAUGAAAUAUAUUACCAACUUGUCGCGAAA